GCUCGCACUGCUAUUCAAAUUGGCUCAUCGAACAUUCUAUUCACCAUAGAAUAGCGAUUUGAUCAUGACAGGGCUACGAUAUCCAAGGACCACGCUGGCUAUAUUAAGCUCAGGCUCAGCACUCCUUUUCGUUGUGCUUCACCGGUACCAAUCAUCCUGGAAAGCCAGCAACAUACCUCUGGCAACACAUGGCCAUGAAAAUUCGGUCGCCGUGACGAAAUUGAAUACUCUGAAGAGAGACCUUUAUCAACACAGAAUAACUCUUGAGAUUUCGGCCAAUCGACUUAAACCCGGCAUAGAGAACAAUGAAAUUCUCGCUCGUUUCACACAAGGCUUCUUUGGCGGCUGGGUAUUCAGCCCGGAGCGUUGGUUUUUCAAUUACACAAGGCUCUCUUUAACAAACACUGACAAACUUGAAAAUAUCGAGCUGGAAAGGUCCCCAAUACAGGAGGUCUGGGACCUAUCAUCCCUCUCCCAGAAAUCUCUCCCUCCUUCAGGGUCCCUCCUGUUCGGCAUCUUUCUUCUUUCUGAGAAAUUGCCCUUGAAGACAGCGGGACAGCCAGGAACGAGGGAACCCAUCGCGAAUACUGCCCCUGGGGGUGAUGGCGAUUUCGUCUCCGCCGAGUUCGUUGCGGGGGGAUCAGACGCCUACGAGCUUGUGUCUUCCCAUCGUUUCGAGGUCACCCGUGAGAAUGGCCGCAAGGAAGGAAAGCAGGACAUAGUCACGGUGACAUUCUCUCACGUGAGCUGCAACUCCGUCACUGGGCGGCCAUAUUCGACAUUCUUCCAAUGGCUUCAUAACGUCUAUGCCAGGCUGCUUUUUGCCGAUGGAAUAAGGGCAGUCCUAGAGGCAAAAUAGCGCACAGCCUGAGGUUGACUAGUCCUUCACUCUGCUAACACGCCAAGUGUCCUGGUCAACUAUCCAGUCAACUGGUAUCUAUGAAGAUGCUUUGGAUGUUCAUCGCAACCAUAAGCCGUUUAAAGAACGCAACACCAGUAAACAUACCCUAGGGUAUAUAGAUUUUAUUUAUUUAUCAAUCCAACCCCUUUCAAACACUUCAAUCUUUUUAGCAAUAAAGAUCCUGCAAUGGUGCGUGCGCCUGGGAGCAAUAGGUCAGACAUCAUCGAGUCCAGGGCUCGGACUGGCCGCUUGCAAGAUCUGCAAGAACCGGUUUAGAGACCUUUGCGUGUCACUUCUUCUUAUGAGGCCGCCUUUGUAUAUGGUGAUACUCAAGUACAUGUUUGGCUAUCCGCGAAUGUGAUGGAAGUAUGGGCAGGAUCAUCUGUUGAUUUGUUUAAAUUUCAGUGUUGCAUUAUCAAGUAUCAAAUAGUGAGCUCAAGCACCCCUACUGAAUGUGUCAUUGUCUACACCUACUUCUAGUUCGCGAUCCGGCGUAGUGGAAGGAUAACUUGAUCGAUUUACACUCCCGAACAACGCCAGCCUCAGUCACGCCCCGGUCUCAGGCCCUCUACCUUGGUAGAAACGAGCUGAGUCACUCUCGUCUGCAGGUGAAUAUUGGUCCCGAACAAUCCAGUAUGAACAGGUAUAGGUGAAGAUACUAUUGACAUCGCCCAUGCCCAUUCCACUGACGGAUUUCUCCGUCAGACUUGUCCAAGUGCCCGGCCUGGAUAUCGAGGGAAACAGAAUCAGGUUGCUCCUGGCCAGACGCGUCAUUGUCACGGUUGCAGAGCUAAGUCCUCGCUUAUUUUGAUAUGAGCCAUCAUGACAACAAAGCUGCAUGUCCGAGUCGUUGCCAAGUGGGGUGCUUCCGGCAAGACAGACACCACUUGCAUUCUGCGGCAUCGAGCAUCCCAACGCAUGCAGCCGGACUUUGUGCGCCCCAACAGAAAAUCGACUAUUAUUAGGACAGCUUGAGCCAAACGGUGUUACCACCUCCGCUGGCACGUAUGUUGGGCGUAGUAAUGCGCGGGAUGUUCGUAGGAGCUCGCAUCAUUCAGGGUCUUGGUGCAGCGAUGUGGGCUUACGACGACAGACUAGGUAACUUAUGUCAAGAAUCAUGUUCACACUCCUCCGGAAAUUGCUUGAAUGCAACAAAAGUGACGCCUCUGCAUAGUGCGUGAGCUGCCACAAUGGAUUCCUGAGGCAUUAGAGCCAG